AUAAGAUGUGGUAGUUCCGCUUCAUGACAUUCUUUCGACCUUGUGCUACUUUAGAUUAAAGAGUCUGCAAGUUUUCUUUCAUCUCUGCUUUUUUAUCAUCUUGUCUGUCGGUGAAGUGAAGGUGAAGUUUGAAAUAUGAGCUUGGACUCAUAAAACGUAUUUCACUUCCAUUGCUGUAAGAGCGUAUGUGAUUGUCGUGUCGUCGGAACGAUAGAAUCCGACAGAACGUUUCUGAGGAAAGAGGUCUGAAAGAAUCGACUCGUUGUGUAAACCACGUGGAGAUUUCUUUCCUCGUCAAUUGAGAAGCCAAAUUGCCUCAAAUACUAUGAAUAUGUCACCACCCUACCCCCCAAAAUCCGCCGUCGUAGGCCUCACACCCACCCACCCAAUCGAUACACCCCUCACCACAAUAUUUAUGCUCCUCUUCCUCCUCUCCUCCAUCAUCCACAUGUCCCUCCUCCAAAUAAACUUCCGCCGCGGCCAAAAAUUCCUCAUGUCUGGCAUGGCAUUCGGCUUUUCCUUUUCCCGCGUCAUAACCUGCGCUCUUCGUAUCAUCUGGGCAUCCUACCCCUCCAACAUCCGUCUCGCGCUCGCGGCUCAAGUUUUCGUCGCUGCAGGCACAAUAUUGUUAUACCUCAUCAAUAUCAUUUUCACAAGUCGAUUAUUGAGGGCAUAUCAUCCGUGGGCAUGGAAACAUUCGGUCCGGACUUGUUUUCGCGUAGGGUAUGUGAGUCUGUUCGCAGGAUUGAUCAUAAAUAUAUCGGUUCUUGUCGAGAAUUUCUUUACACUAGAUCCACAUAUUUUGUGGACCGAUCGGGUUAUAGUAUUGGUUGUUAAUACGUAUUUUGCCAUCUUCGCAUUCGCUCCAAUUCCACUCCUGGCCUUACGGCUGCUUCUCCCUCGGAACCAGGUGGAAAAAUUUGGGACCGGGAAAUUGAGAACGAAAAUUCGAUUGGUACUGGGAACAUCGGUCCUGCUUACUCUCGGAGCGGCUUUCAGAGCAGGGACGGCAUAUGUACCGAGAGCCAUCGAUGAUCCCGCGUGGUAUCAUGGUAAAGCAUGUUUUUAUAUCUUUGAUUUUGGGAUUGAUAUUGUGGUGCUUUUCUUAUUUGCGGUCAUGAGGGUGGAUAGGAGGUUUAUCGUUCCGAACCGAACAAAGAUGCAGGGAGAUUUCAGGAAAGGGGGGUUGGGAGGGAUGCCGUUGAAAGGUAAAGAAGGUGCGGGAGAAGUUAGGUGGGAGUGGAUGAGGGGCUUCAAGGGGGAAUGGAGAGAGUGGAGUGUUGAAGGGGAUGAUGAGUUAUUUCCGGAGAGGAAUAUCAAAGUUGAGGAUGGGGAGGCUGACGCAGAGACAGCAGUAGGUAGUAAUGCUAGUGGAGGGGUUACACCUGAAGCAGUGGGGAGUCGAGAGAAUGUUGAUAUCGAUGUCGAGAAAGGUAGUAAAUAA